UGAUGUUCGAGACCGUGAGGGCUGUUUCACGAGGCCUCAGCUUUUCCGCUUCUUGAGGUCGCUCGUGGGUCGUCGUCCUGUUGCGGAAGCCAACCUCUCUUCAGUUGAACCGUCUCGACUCGCCGCAGGACAUUUGCAUCCAGAAUUUUAUGAUAGCUAGUGAAAUACGCUCUUCCCUCUACCCGUGCAGUGUUUCCUGUGCCACUGGCUGCCACACAACGUCAAAGAGUAAUAUUUCCAGCGCCAGGCGGGGGUAACUGGGCGAACUAAACACACCAGCAAAUUCCCCAAUUCCAAUGCAGCCUUGGGUCACCGACUGAACUCUAUUGACUGCUUUUAUGAACUGAGAAUUCAGACAUUGACACGUUUUUGAUGCGCUCAGGUAUGAUGGCAGUUGGAGGGUUGAUGACUGUAGACACCUGGCUCUAGGGGCACAGCGCUGCCCUGCCCGGCACCAUGCAGCAGAAAGGCGCAAUCCAAAUUAUCGAAUGGGAGGACCUUGACAAGAGGAAGUUUUACUCCCUGGGUGUGUUCAUGACCUUGACCACCCGGGCCACGGUCUACCCGGCCAGCCUCAUCCGAACCCGCCUCCAGGUGCAGAAGGGAAAGGCCCUCUACUCCGGCACCUUUGAUGCUUUCUGCAAGAUCCUGCGAGCAGAGGGAGUGCGCGGCCUGUACCGUGGAUUCAUGGUCAACACGUUCACCCUAGUCUCAGGACAGGCUUAUAUCACCACCUAUGAGCUGGUGCGCAAGUACGUGUCCCAGUACUCGCCCAGUAACACGGUGAAGUCCGUGGUGGCGGGAGGGGCAGCGUCCCUGGUGGCCCAGACCAUCACUGUGCCCAUAGAUGUGGUGUCGCAGCACCUGAUGAUGCAAGGACAGGGGGAACACCUCACUCGCUUCAAGGCCAAGCCCAAAAUGAUGCUCGCAUCAACCAAGCGCCGACUGACUUUCGGGCAAACGCGGGAAAUUAUGGUGCAGAUAUUUGCAGCUGAUGGAUUCAGGGGAUUUUACAGGGGCUAUGUGGCGUCGCUACUCACAUACAUCCCAAACAGUGCACUGUGGUGGCCUUUUUAUCAUUUUUAUGCAGAGCAGCUGUCCCUGUUGGCACCUAGCGAGUGCCCCCACCUGAUUCUGCAGGCUUUGGCAGGACCAAUGGCAGCAGCGACAGCCUCCACCAUCACCAACCCCAUGGAUGUUGUCCGAGCGAGAGUACAGGUGGAGGGACGAUCAUCUGUUACCGAGACAUUCAAGCAGCUGCUGGUAGAGGAGGGCGUCUGGGGCAUGACCAAGGGGCUGUCAGCCCGCAUCAUUUCCUCCACGCCCACGUCGGUGCUCAUCGUGGUGGGAUACGAGACUCUGAAGAGACUGAGCCUGCGAACUGAGCUGAUAGAGUCCAGACACUGGUGAGAGGCCACAUGGAGUCAGAAGAGCCUCGUACCAGGCUUCAACUCAGGAGAUAAUGACCCGGAUCUGUCUCCAGUCUUACUGUGCAGCUGCUGCUACGAGCCUGUCAGACUGUGUUGGUUUAAUACAUGUAUGAUUAGUGCAGGUGGUGAUGUUUGUCUUUAGGUACACUUGAGAGUCACAGGUGUCAUUUACCUUGUCGUUUUCCAUCUCUCAAACCAGCUCCUUCUGGCCUUUUUGUUUCUUUUUGCUAAACUAUUACUGUGGAAACAAUGUGUCGCAUUUUGCCAAAACUAAAUGCACCGCUGUUUAAAAAAAAAACAGAAAAAAAAAAAAACAUGUAUUCUUAAAAUUAGAUCCAAUGAAAAAUGACAGGCUGCUUGUUAAAAAACAGUAGAUAACUACAGUCAUUGCUCCUAUACUGUAUAUUUUAACAACACAGAGCGGCUCUCAAUGUUUUUUUAUAAAUGGAUAAGGAAAGGAACUCCUUAUACACAGCAACUCUGUUUUUAUUUUCACUGUGCGCCCAGGCAGCCUAAGCUCAUAAUACAUGAUGCAUGUUUUGACAGUACUUUCCAGCCGGGUCAAUUUUUUUUUUUUAAAUAGAGCUACAGGUACACGGCAGUAAAGGGUUUUCAAAGUGCCAAAGUACAGAGACACAAAUGGCUUGCUUCUGCCCUAAUGGGCACAGGAAAGAGCAGAAGAGAGCUUGAUUUCAAAGUGCAUUCCAGCCAAAGAAAAUAAUGUGCAGAGGUUUGAAACAUCUGCCAAGAAUCUCACCUUUGUUUAGGCCUAAAUGAAGAAACAUUGAGAUUUGUUUUGUAUUUAAUUACAGCAAUCCUGUUUAAAUUAUAACAUAUGAUAAAAUAUGCUGUUCGGUUUAUUUACAGAACAACAGAUAUUGACUUUAUCUAUAGAGGCCUUUGUGAAACCGGACCCAAGUUUGUUUAGUUUGACAUAAAGUCUCUCUUUAUCGAGCUUUGGCAAUUUGUGAAGUCAGUAGUGCAGGUAUAAUGAUGAAUUCUACAUGCAGAUAACUUGAAAGACCUAAUUGGGCAGGUGUUUCUGCUUUAUUUUGUUCAUAUCUGUGUAAAGUGACAAAGUGGAGCUUGACGACAGAAGAAAAAAGAUGAGAAGAGAUGUGACGCAGCAGAAGAGGUGUAAAUAGGCUUAACGCUGCAGGCUCUAGACUACAUGAGAGAAUUGGGAAUGUAUUUUCCUCAUUUGACUUCUAACGUUGAUCAUUCUGGGUAUUAUUAUUUGUGCUAUUCAGAUCACUGGGGGUCAGGUAUGCUACUAUUUAGUGACAGGGCAGAAAGUUUAACCUCCGGGCCAUUUUGCUUUUUGGUUGAUUCACCACAAAAACGGAGAAAGGAUUAAAGGCAGCAGCACCACACCAGCAGACAAAACUAAACUCCCAAAGCUGCCUUCAGAUUUCACUAGUCACUUAAUGUGUGUGAGGUAUGUCAAAGCUAAUGUCAUGUUAGAAGACAGGUCAGAGAAGCAUGUGAAUGUAGCCCUUUACUGUUGAAGCCAGAAAAAACAUCGCGGCGGGGUGCGACACUCUGUGCCCUCUCUUUUAUAAACUUAAAUGUUUUAGUGUGUGCAAGCAUCAAUUUUCAGUUUGUACAACAGUGUUCAAGCGAAUAAGCAUGAUGAACUGAACUUUUCCUCCACAAUCUCUGAAAGGCAAAUGAAACGGACCCUUGCCUGUAUGGAGGAAGUGCUACGCCUGUAUUUAACAACUGCCAAGAAUCAUGUAAAGAGCGUGGACAUUUGAUGAACUGUAAUAAAGAAUUCUGAAUCACUGUA